AAUAUGUGUGUGUGUGUGUGUGUGUGUGUGUGUGUGUGUGUGUGUGUGUAUGUGUGAAUGUAAGUUAUAGUCAAAAAUGACAUGAGUCACAGCAUCAGUGUGUCUCUGCUUCACUGCUGAUGUUAUUCUGUGGAAGUAAGGCAGACCAAGUACUCAGGUAUGCGCUCUGGGAAUAAACAGUCUGUGGCCCUGCGCUGACAUCACUAGUUCCCUCUCUCUCUCUCUCUUUCUCUCUCUCUCUCUCUCUUACCCUUGCUCUCUCGCUCCCUCGCCCGCUCACUCGCUCUUCCUGUCUGGGGUGUUGAUCUGCCUCAAAGAUCCCCGAAGGGCUUGUGAAAAAGAAACUGAUAACUAGAGUCUCGACGACAUCCAGAAGGUUCUUCAUUCUGUAAAAUGUAUGUUUUUGCUGAAGCAUCAUGUCUUUAUGCCUUUGUAUCAUUUCUACUUUUUUUUUAAAUUUACGCUCAAUACUACUAGCAAGCUUUACAAAUCAAGCGUGAUACGUGCGCGCGCCUCCGUGUGUGUGUGCGUGUGUGUGUUUGAGGGAGGGGAGGCCUGUGGGAAGUAGCAGCAGGCCUUUGCGUCAGCAGGGUGUGGUGAGAUAAGAGCUCGCUGUCUCUGCCUCUGCUGUGCUGUGGCGACUCUGCCAACCAUUUGGGAGACACUCCUAGGGGUGUGUGUGGUGUGUGUGUGUGUGUGUGUGUGUGUAUUUAUGUUAGCCUUUGUGUCUGUUAAACUCUUGAAUCCCAGCUGUCAUCUUGGGAACUGUUAAGCUCCGACCCAUGCUAGAGUGUUGACGUAAUUUUACUGCAGAAGUGACAAGCUAAAAUACACUACUGCCAUUCAGCGUGGCAGUGUGCGCCUUCUCUGUUUUGUCUGAUCAUGUGACCGUGCGUAAAUAUGACUCUUUAGACCUCAGUGACCUUGUAUGGUUUAUGUCAGGGUCCAUUUUUGUGACUUCUUUAGUUCGAAAUGUUCUGUCGCUGUCAGAGCACACGCAUUAACUCACCUAUCGGGUCACGUGUCUUUCUUUACAAACUUUUUCCUCCAUCUCAGGGUUUGUAAGUAGAGGUCACGGCUCUAUCUCACGCUCUGCUACAGAGGAAGGGUGGAGUGUCUGAGAGGACGUUUUGCCUCGGUGGUGUAUUCGCACAUGCCGUGUGGAAGAAGAGGAUAAGAGAGACCUCAGUAGUGUACCACAGACAUUCGGUGAAGUUGAAAUAUCUCAACUGGUCAGAGAGAAGUCACAGAGAAGUCAGAGAGAAGUCACAGAGAAGUGAAAGUGUACAGAUGGCGAACCGCUGCAUUAUAUUAAAGGAUAGCACUGUGGGAAUGUAACAAUAACAAGCAUUAUACACUUUGGACAUUUUAUAUGGCAGGAUUAGACACUAAAACCACAGGCUUUAAAGCUAAGCUGAAAUCAAAACGAGCCUUUUUUUUAACUUUGUUAGUCCGUAUCUCUGGUACGAGAGCACGAUACUGAAGAAAAAUGCGAUAUGCGGUACGAUAAGUGUGUAAAGUCAAUUUAAAUUAUAUUUAUAUAUAUCUAUAUAUUUAAAAACUGAAAAUGACAUAACCAACAUACAUGUUUCAUGUUCUUUUGAGGGAAAGAAAGCAUUCUCGGACUUUUCGUAACUUUUUGAAGUAUUAAAAAUCAUUCGGUUAUUGCAAGCCCUUGAGAUAUGCAUAUCUCGAUAUUUACAUCUGCAAUAUUUCGCUAAUUUGUGCAGUGAAAUAUUGUGCAGCCCAAAUCUCUGGUCAUAUUACAAACAGGUAUCACUGGGUAUCAAUCACCUAAUAGAUGAUCACUCUUGUUUUUCCGUAGUCCUCCAUUGAAAAGCGAUGACUUUUUGCCUGUCUCUAAACGUCACCUGACUUUUGACUAUAGCCCUACUUGGACUGGAUUAGAAGAAAUCCAAAAUAACCCGAGAUAAUAUGUAUCCGUAUUUCAUGUAGUGUUUAAUAGAAAUCAUAUCCGAUAGAAACCAGUAUACAAGUUUUUUUAUUGACAAACAGACAAGUAUAAAUGAUCAAAUUAAUGAACCAAUUUAAAGUUAACUGAUUCAAUGACCAGAACUGAUAACCUACAAAAAGACAGGAAAGCGAGCAUUUCCACUAUUUCAGGUUUAACAGAGUAGGAAAGGGUGCAAUAGUAUUACCAGCUGUACGGUCAGGAACUGCUUGGUGGCAGCGGCAAUCAUGAAAACUCAGCUGGAUGGUGGAUUUCUAGGUGAUUCUGCAGUAAUAACUCUUUGUUAAGGUCUCCCUUUUUUUUUUGCCAAACACCGAAAGAGCCGUUUUGACCAUUUUUGGCUGAAUUACAGUAUUUUGGUGGCAUCGCUAAUAAAUAUAGUUAACCAGUGUUAACAGUGUACGUGUCUAAUGGCAGCUAAGUCAGAUAUACAUUAUAUAAUAUAGAUUUUAUUUCAUAUUAAUAAACUCAAAACGUUCUCCUUUGAUCGUGACGGAAAGCGCGGGCGCCCUGCGAGUCCUGUGAACCCAGAGAGCAUGUGAGAUGGGGGAAGGGAGCAGGACUUCCAGGCGGUGUUGGUUAAUACUGAAGAGUCAAAAACGUAUGCCCAAACCAGUCCAGAUUCAGAUAUCGGUUGGCUCAUUUCACAUAUUAUUUUGAGUGAUAACUCGCACUGACGUACUCUGAUGUUAAAUCGAGCAACUCCUUUGCAAAAUGUGUAAAUGGUUGGCGGGUCUGGCAAUAUUACAUAUAAUAAAAUUGGAGCAAACGUCACUGGAUAUCGUGGCAGUGUACUAUCGUGUAGAGAUGAUUAAAAUCGUUAUAUCGGACAAGCCUAAUGGCAUCCCAGUAUGCCUACAUUCUGUUUAGCACACCCCGAAGAAGGAGAAGGACACGUUGAGUAAAACAUCACAAGAUGCCCAUAAAGGGAGAAACAUCGGAAAACACACAUGAGAAUCCGAAGGAGGGCUUGUACCUUUAAGGGAGUAAUGCAGAAAUCCAGAGGGAGAGUCCUUGGUCUAUAGCCUUCCUUUCUCUUCUCUCUCUCUCUCUCUCUCUCUCUCUCUCUCUCUCUCUCUCUCUCUCUGUGUGUGUGUGUGUGUUACUACUGCCUAUGUAUCACCCUCUCUUUCUCCCUCCCUCUCUCUCACACACACACCCCACACAGCUGUGACCUUACAUGUGUAUCCUCUCUCUCUCCCCCACUCUUUCCUCGUUCCCUUGGACGGCCACGUUGUCUCCACAGAGGGACACAGUGACAGCACUGACCGGUACAAAGAACAAGAUGUGCCCCAGGGCCCAGCAAACUGCAUUAAACUUACACUGCCCUGACAUACGUAUGCAUACACACACACACACACACACAUGCACACACACACACACACAUACAUAUGCAAAACCCCCUUAACACGUCCACCAUUUUUUUAAAUCCUAAUCUUAGACAUAAAAGAGCACAAUCCUGCAAGGACAGUUGCUCAACAUUGCUUAAACUACUUCCCUUUUAGCCAGUAGUCUCGGUGCACCUUAUUAGGCUGUGUACAUUGUUGGAGAAGCAGCACUGGAGAAGGCAAUGACAAAAAUAAGUUUACUUGUCAGUCAGUGGCAUCACGGAGGUCAGUUCACAUUUUGGUCACGAGCUGCAAAAGGGCUACAUCAGUUGUGUUUACAUGCAAAGAUUUUAGCCAAGCCGAUUAUGAAUUACGAAGCAGCUUACGAAUAUCCUAAACUUUACACAAUCUUCAUUUAUGCGCAUGCUACACGUAAUCCGAUCCAAAGUCAUGCGCAUGCGUGGAGCGAGGUUUAGUGUUAACGCCAUAAGAACACAUCAAGCGCGUGAGUCCGUGCUCGUGCUGUUAAAGAGUUUUAAAUUAUUUCCAUCUAAAAAAAAAAAAAAAAAAAAACCCACAUCAGAGUAUGAUUUUCAAACAGGCACUGAGAAGAAGAGUUGGUGACCGUGGAUAAGUUGCUCAGAACUUCAUAUCUGUCCAACGUUCAGGAUCAAGGACGCUCGGCUUGUUGAAAGUAACAUGAAAUUCACACAUAAUCUAUAGGUGUAACAGAUAUAUGAUGUUGUUUUUUUUUUUACUAUGUGCAAGUGUAUCCUCACUGGAUUUCUGGUGAAUAUUAAACGGUGAACUUUACUGAGGUUAAUUCCAAUCUGGCUUUUUCUUCAAAAAUGUUAGUUUGAUGCCCAUCUCAUCGCCCGUCCAACCUUAAAUAGAUAAAAUCUGUAACAUGUGCUGUGCUUUCUUACGGGACUGUUUUAUUGCAUUGUGACUCAAACACACAUGCGCAGAUAUGUUCUAUCCUCAAUAAUUCUCAGUCAUCUGUUGUCUGUUUAAUGGAUUAUUAAAAUGGUGACCCAUCUCAUUCAAUUGCAUAGAAAUUUCAUUCGGAUUGGCCUUAGUUUACUCUCUUCCCACUGAGGUGUUUAACCUUGUUUUUUUUAUUCCAAUUGAGCUUUGAAUUUGAUGAUUAAUGGAUUAUUAGGCUGCAUGUAAACAUAGCCAGUGGUAACGUUCUGCAAAAUUUCCCUUUCUCCUAACCUCCCUAGACCCAAAAGUGGAUCCUUAUGCAUUAGCUGGCUUUCCUAGCUCAUGUGCGACUAUGCGAUUGAGUUUAGCCAAAAUCCAAGAAUAAUGGUGAAAGCAUUCUCACCAAGAGUUUCCAUGAGUCUCCGUUUCCAAAGCCUAAUCCUAAUGUUAAUGAAAACUGUAUACGGGAACUCUCAAACAGCUGCACGGGUUUAUUGAAAGCAUUAUAUCUACAUGCUUUAUAGGUGCCUCCAUGACAGAUUGAAUAGAAUUAUAUGGUUUGUGAGUGAGUAUUAGACAGAAACUCAUAUUUCAAAUGCAGUGAGUCUGCUGUAUGUUUGCAGUGCUUGUCAGUGUACUAUGGGCUUCCUUGUCCACAGUAUCUCUAUAGCACUCCCACCCCUUUUUCCACUGGCAUUGAUUGUAGGGAGGUUGAAUUGUUGACCCCAAACCAGUCCCACCCCUUGUGUCAAAGCUGUCACUCACAGUCCCUCUCUCUCUCUCUCUCUCUCUGUCUCUCUCAUGGUCGCAAUCCCACUCAACCCCACCCACCUUCCAGAUGGUGGUGCAUGUAACGGGCAACUCUUGCUCUCUGCAAUUUAAGCCGACUUUUGGCUUGGAUUCUCAUUUGGAAUAUGGAAACCAGGUAUAGGGGGAGGUUAAAUGCCUGCUCUUUUUCCUGCUCUGCAAAACUGCCCCACAGAACCCAGCCCAUCGCACUCCCCCAGAGUGGUGGUAAGGGGGUGGGUUGACUCAGGCCCCAUGCCAGGGUGAAGCACACUCUCCAGCUCGGGUUACUCGAUUGUGCAAUGUGUUGCUUUGAACGCGCACAAAGUCAGUGCCCUUAGAAGUUGACGCCCUUGUCCUCACGUGGUGAUUUUAGCCACUUUUGUUUUUGUUCAUGAACUUUUCUUUAGUCCAUGGACUAGAACAACUUUACAAACAAAAGUACAAUCAUCAGCCUCUGCUGAUUGUUGGUUUGCUUUUCAAGAUUGAAGUUCUUGUAGGAAAGGAGCAGUCACGGAACAUUUUGGCCUCAGGAUCCUCUCAGAAAGUUUCAACACUUCUUUGGUACUGUGGUGGCCAGAUAUUGCCCAAUUGUCUCAGGUUGGGCACCAGGAAUGACUUGAAAAGCAACAUACCUCUAACCAAAUACAAACAACAUCUGCCUAAAGUCAGGUUUUGAUAAUCGAGAAGGUAUGUCGUCCUUAAGUACAACUUCUCUUUGUUCUUUUGGCAGAUGCUUUUAUCCACAGUGACAUAUACAUGAGGCAGAAUACAAUCCAAACCUAGAGUUAAACAGCUGAGAGAUAAAGGUCUUGCUCAAGGGCACAGCUGUGGCUCUCUGGCUGUCCAUGGAUUUGAAAUUACAGUCUUUCGACCACCACUUAACCACUGACUUACCACUGCCCCAAAGUGGAGGCUGGGUUUACAGUCAGUUAAGUCAGUUUUUAUGAUGAAUGAGGCUUAUUAGAUAGAUUCCCCUCUCUAGUUGUCUGUGUCAAGGGCAUGUCUUCCUUUUUGGAAUUUGUGGGAUGCAAAGUUCGGUAGUAUUGAUAUACAAAUGUCUUCAGUAUAUAGAACUCAACACCAACCAAGUGGUAUGGCAUGGUAUGAUAACAAAUUCAUUAUCCCACAUUUUGUUCGUUUUUCUAUUGCCAAUGGCCGUGGUACCCAGGGUACCAAGGAUACCAUAUGGGGGAGCCUUGACCAAAAUUGGUGCAAUUUUUGGUCAAGCCCAAUCUCCAUAUCAGCCAGAUCACCAUUUUGUGUACACCAUAGCUACCCAGAAUUGCUUUUCUGAUGUGUAGUAAAGGCAGUGUCUAAAGCGACUUAUUCCCAUCGAGUAUAAUCGAAAACAUGAAAAAUUCUGUUUGGUAGGUUGGUAAAGGUGCAAGACCUGGUCUUCCAGAAGGUCCAAAAAAAUCAUUCUGAAUGUUUGUUGGAGAUGGGGAGCCAAAUGGUGCUGUGAAAAAAUAAAGAAACUAGAACAACAUUUAUUCAUUCAUCUUCAGUAACAUAGAUCUGAAGCCUAUCCUGGGAACACUGGGUGCAAGGUGGGAGAAUUCAGUCCAGAUGGGAUGCCAGUCCAGCACACGGCACCAUGCCCACACACAUUCACACACUCGUUUAUACCUACCUAGGGGCAAAUCACUGUAGUCAGUCUGCCUGCCUGCAUGGUUUUGGACAGUGUGAGGAAACCCACAUGAAAACGGGGAGAACAUGCGAAACUCCAUGCAUGCAGCCCAAAAAUUCAGAAUCAUAACAAGGUUCUACAACAUAUAGGGACAACUGAGGAUGUUUCCUUUAAUGGGUACAACUCUGCAAUGAAAAACACAGAAAAACCCAGGUACUCAGCCUGGUAGAGUACAGUUUUGUUCCAUACUGUGCUCUUCCUCAUUGCCAACAUUGUGUAAAAAUGCACUUAUGCACCAGCAGAUAAAAGUUUUGAGAUACCAUUUCCAAAUGUUUCGAGUACUGUUUGAUUUUCCUUCGGAGGGGAAGGAGGCAGUGCUGUCAGGUGCUCUGGGUGGGACUGGAUUGAAAUGUUUGAGAGUGGUGUCCAGGAAACUCUACAAACUUCUGGGAGGUCCUAGAGCACUUCCAUGAGGAACGCCCGGAAAAACUGACUGAUUGUUUGGACUGAGAAAGAAAGUAUUCAUUUAUUAAAAUCAUUUUUAUGGGUCCUCAGUCUUCUGUCAUGCAGCUGAGUAUACAUGAUACUCCUUAACAUUCUUAUUUGCUGCAGUAACAUUUAGCAUAAAUAACAGCAUGCAAGAAUUUCAGUGCUGCUGACAGCCCUGUUAAUACAUGACAGAUUUUACUUUUAGUUUCUGUGUUUUGGGGCAUGGAGUAUGCAGUUCUUGUUAUGACAUGGUGUAUAUUCUUUAGAAACUUAAUUGCAGUCAUUAUUGGCUCUUGUAUUCGGUUUAGGUAUCGGCAAAGUAUCAACUGAAUGACAAAUCAAUAAGUUUUAUGUAAUUAGACAUUAUAUUGCAGUGAAAGUAAUGGAAGUCAUUUGUAAUAGUUGCUUUGUGUGUGUGAUGUGAAUCUAAUAUUCUGUUAAUAUGUGGAACUUUGUCAGAUUACUAUAGGUAUCAGCGACCAAACAGCAAAAGGGCGUUGUCCUUCCUUCGUUGUUGAUCGUACUUUUUCCUAUAUGAUGCAUGUAUCAGAGAUCUGAACAUCGGCCAAUACCGAAUACAGAACACAUAUCGUCACACAUGGUCAGAGCGGAUUCUCUGCAAGCUUCCGUUAAUACGUCUGUGUGAAACACUGCAGGUGUGAUGGCAGCAUGAUUUAAGACGCUGUUUGCAUGUAUGGCAUAAAAUAUCCUGGAAAAACAUGACGCUUCGUAUUUUCUGGUCCAUAUUUUGGCUCAAUACUGUUAUCGGAUCGGUCCAUCCCUUUCCAGAUCGCUUGAUAAAUAACAGUGUGUCACUGCAAGGUUUCAAGUAUUGAUUUGUGCUUUUAGACCUGUUUUAAGACGUUACUAAAGAACUGCUGAAGAUCUGUACUUGGUGACAUUAUGUGCGUAUUGAUUUUUCCCUGCUCACAAUGUAGCAUUAAAAAAACAGUGAUAGGUGAUUUAAUUAUCCAGAAGAUAGAAAAGCAAGGAUAUCCACCAUUUCAGGUUUAAGGGGAGUUAGAGGAAGGUGUAAUAAUAUUACUAGUCGGGAGCCGCUUGCCGGCAGCGGCGAUCACGAAAGAACGCAGCGGGAUGGUGGAUUUUUAGGUUGUUCCAUAUAGUACAUUUUCAAUAUAUAGUUCUUUUACAGAUCAGUUGUCUAAUGUCCACAUGGCUGACAUUUUCACUGCUGUCCUGCUGCUCGAAGUGUUUUAACGCGUCUGAGCGCUGACCGACGUAAGGGAGCGCAAAAAAGCGGUGUAUAUAAUCACUUUCUAAUUAUCACCAUUAACAUUAUUUGCUGUCAUUUACUUAUACAUUCACAUUAUUUGUAAAGUGUGAGAUUUGACACUUUGUUGUAGACAUGUUUAAUGGUCAAAAUCUUCGUCCUUUUUUUUUCCUCUUUCAGCUGAAAUAUUUCAGUGGCAUCCCUAAUAAAUAGAGUACUACAGUAAGUAAUGUUACGUAACUAACUAAAACAUACGUUGAUAGAUUUUACUGCACAUUAAUGAACUAAAAACAUUCGAGCGUGUGAGAUGAGGAGAAGGGGGCGGGGCUUCCAGGCAGUGUCAGUUAAUAUUGGCGCGUUCGAAACACUUGUACAAAUCGUUGCAGAUUCAUAUGAGCUCCUGUUUUAUUGGAGAGAGAGAGAGAGAAAGCUACUCUUUUGAUAUAUUUUUGAGUGAUAACUCAUGCUGUCGUACUCUGAUGUUAAAUUAGGAGCUUCUACGCAAAAUGUGUGAAGUUUGUCAGACCUGGUCAUAUGACGUAGUAGAGUAUAAUCGGAGUAUGGGAUAUCGUGGCGGUGUAAUAUCGUAGAGAAGCCUAGAGAAUACAGGAAUUGAUGUGAAAGUCUGCAUCCAUACAUGUUUGCAUGUAGUUUAUUCUGUGGGAAGGAAUGAGAGAGGCCCAGAGGGUGGGUGUGGUAAGCACUGCUAUCCCAGGCAGUCAUUCGUACCCAGGCUGCUUUGGGGUAGGGGCUGAUGGCCAUGGGGGUGUGGGAGUUACAGAGUGAAGCCAUGACCUAGAUUGUGCUCUCUCUCUCUCUCUCUCUCUCUCUCUCUCUCUCUCUAAUCCCUUUCAUGGCCAUUCUCCACACCAAGCCCCUCCCUGCUGUGUAACUUCCUGCUGGGGAGUAGAGUCACACCCACCCCACCCUUUUUUUAUUCCUUAAAUUACUCACUGUGCAAGUUCCCUGGGGAGCUUUAAAACACACACACACACAGGCUAUUUCAAUCACAGAUACGCUCGCUCACUCAGGAAUAGGUUGGUCUCAGGAGAAAUAGACUUCUCAUUCUCAAACUUUUACACUUCAGCACUAACAGAAGUACAUACAUCUUCCAUGAGAUGUUACAUUUACAGCAUGUGUGUUUACUGAUAUUAGGGCAUGAUUACUGAAUUAUCUCGUAAUGGGUAUAAGUGCAUGUUUGUCACUGUGUGUGUGUGUGUGUGUAUAAGAUCAGGAAGAGGACCACAUCUUGUGCAGCCACACCCUGGCUGAUUGGUGACCACACCUCUGUGUGGAAUCUGCUGCAGUCACAUGGCCCCCAGCAUCCGCCCCAUAUCUAAGCAUUACCACAUUGCUCUCUCUCUCUCUCUCUCUCUCUCUCUCUCUCUCUCUCUCUCCUCUAAAAGAACAGGGUGUGACUGUACUGAGCUGAGAGAGGGAGGCUACACAGGAUCUCUCACUACUCCUCCCUGCUCCUGUUUUGCUUGCUGUCUUUCUUUCUUUCUCUCCGUCUUCUUUCACUCACUUCCCAUCUCAAGGGCAAAAUCUUCUCAAAUGUUUUAUUCUUUUAUUAAUCCGAAGUUCUAGAUUUAUCUUAUAGAAGUGCCAGUCGAAUCCUGAAAAAUCCAACGCCGCUACCUCAGAGUCCUCCGAGGAGAUGCCAUCCAUACAGAUCAAGCCUGAGCCAGAGGAGGUGGAGUGCACGGUGCAAGAGCCUGAGGACGAUUGCCCAGAGCCCACAGAUCUGAAGCUGAAGUCCUCUCCCCCUCCUCUCUGCGUGAUCAGCACCCACCUGGCCGACGCUGACCAGACCGAGCCCGUGGACCUGUCGCUUAACAAGCCCCGCCCCUCGCUACCUAUCGCUGCCACACCCGCAGCCACGCCAGUCAACCCUGCGCCAGCGACGGGUAGCAUCGGCACCAGCGCCACGCUCCCAGCUGUCCUGGCGUCCCCGGGCUCCAUCCUAGCCUCGGCACAGGGCGUCGGGGGACAACAGAUCCUACACGUCAUCCACACCAUCCCCUCAGUGAACGUUGCGGGCAAAGUGGGCCAGCUUCAGACCAUCCCUGUGGUGGUACAGUCGCUGCCUGUUGUCUACACGGCCGUACCUGCUGACGGAGUACCCGCCGCCGCCAUCACCGUGCCCCUCAUUGGCACAGACGGCCGCUCCGAAGGGUCAGUGCGAAUUAAGCCUGGCUCGACGUCCCCGGUGGAGUACCAGAGUGACAGCGAUGCAGAGAGUGGCACAGAGUCUGGAUCAGCUUCCUUCAGAACACAGAGCAUGGACAACAGCUUAAGCACAGAUGUGGACAUCCAAGCAGACCCCGACUCACCUGACAUGAAGAGACGACGAGUGCACAUGUGCGACUACGAUGGCUGCAACAAAGUGUACACCAAAAGCUCUCAUCUGAAAGCUCACCGCAGAAUACACACAGGAGAGAAACCAUAUCAGUGUACGUGGGAGGGCUGCACAUGGCGCUUCGCCCGCUCCGACGAGCUAACGCGUCACUUUCGCAAGCACACAGGCAUCAAGCCGUUCCGCUGCACUGACUGCGACCGCAGCUUCUCCCGCUCCGACCAUCUAGCCCUUCAUCGGCGCCGCCACGUCAUGAUGUGAGCCCGGCUUCGCAGCCGGCUCAGUUUAGCCCCGCCUCCUCUCCCCCAUUUACUCCUCAGGAGACUCCACCCCCCUCAGAAAGGGCUGAGAGAACUGUGAAGCUGUCCCUUCCUUCCUCAGAGCCGCAUACGAUGAAGAUAACGCCGCAUGUCUUUGGGGUUCUUCUCCCACAAAGUCACGUAACACGCUUCAAAAAAACAAAUCCGCUCAUCCGUCCAGUCUUCAUGUGUACCAGGUUACGCUGUUUCAACGCGCGCUUCAGCAGGGAAGCCGGACCAGUGAGACUCACUGCUGAUAACAGACUGAAGGGGUGAGGGUUUGUCUGAGCCUGUCACCAUGAGAAGAGCAGAGCAGAGCAGAGCAGAGCAGGACCAGACGAUGGAGACGGCACGAGAAGAGAAAUGGCAUGGUUUUGAUGAUGAGUUUACAAAGUCUCUUCUGAUCAUUUGAUUUGUAGGUUUUACCUGAACAUUUUAGUCUUUUUAGACAUUUUUUUAUUUUUUUUUGGUUUGCAUGAACUAGCUCUGUUGUGUUGAGUUGUUUGAAUGUUUGUGUGUUGCUGAAUGUUCACGUGUAUUUUUUUUCUUUUUAAAAUAAGUCCUACCCGCUAUUUUACGAACAAAUGUUUAGGGGUUCGCUGUUCCGUCUUUAUCAACUAUCUACCCCACGCCACCCGAGAGGUAGAGAGCUAAGACUGUGAAUUUUUUAGAAAUAGGGUUUCGUUUUCUCAGAUUGGCUAAUUCUUUUCAUAAUUUGUUAGGUUGUGUGUGUGUUUUUUUUUUAAUUUUUUUGAGAGAGAGAAACAGAUCAAGGCCUCACUCCAAGGUUUUCAGCAAGCUACAGAGUUCCUGAACUUUAUGGAAUUUUGUGCUGAGAUAUCGCAACCGAACAUCUUCCACAAAAACGAAAAAACAAACAAAAAAAAAACAAACAAAAUAUAUUUGGCUUGGUAACAGUAUUUAUAAAAUAUAUAUAUAUUUUUUAAAAUCCUUUUUAUUUGCGUUCUGCCAGAAUUGGCAUUUGAUAUAAUGAAUAUGAUUUGGUGGAUGUGCUUUCUCACAUGAGGCUGUGAAAGAAAAAAAAAAAAAAGUUCAUCCAAAUGGGAUUAGAACAGGAAAUAGGGGCGCUUGAUAACAGUGUGUGCGUGGUGUGUGUGUGUGUGUGUGUGUGUGUUUCUAAGAAACAUAAUCAGAGUUUUAAAUAGUAGAGGUGUGUGUUCUAGGCACAUAUUGUUCACGCCCGUCAGAGCCUUAAUUGAAGUAAAUGUGCAACUCGUUCGUCGGAGUUCCUCAGGGUUCUGGGUUGGGACCCCUAGUAAAGUAAGGCAACAUUUAAAAAAAGAAAGAAAACAACAACAACAACCAUCUUUAUAUCUAGAUCGACAAUAACCACUUCUUAAAGGAACAGUUUUAGCUCCAGCCCUGGUUUCACUUGAUUAUGCAAAAGUUAGACUCAGACCUUCCCCUUGACCUUCUUGCGGUAUUUAAUUUAAAACGUAGAGCACAGUCCCGUUCAGAGAGGAAGAUUUGUCGACCUCGUCUCUAUCCCUUCACGCUAGCACUUGUAAUCAUGGUCAUAAUUUCAACAGCUAGCAGAUUAUGAAGAGGUGCAUUAUAACUUUUCGUUGUUUCAGAAGCUAUAAACGCAGCUUAUUCGAUUCCAGCCUUCAAGAGUUGACUGCAUGUUUGCAAAAAUAAAUAAAUAAAUAAAUAAUUUUUAAAAAAUGAAAAAAAAAAAAUCUUUGAUCCAGUGCAAUCUUCAGACGUCAGAUCUAUCGUUCUAUUCUCUUGCUUCAACUCUAAACUUAAGCACAUCUUUGUAGAAAAGUAUAUGCAUUCGAUUGCGAUCCUUUCUCUUCUUCUUUUUUUUUUUUUUUAUAAACUGUUCAUAGGCAUACAGACAAUUAUAAAUAAUUAACAAAUACAUGUACAUACUGUAUAUAAUCAAAGUUCUGAAUAAACGUAACGGGUGGAUUUCUAUUUUUAACACUGACUAGACAAUGUGAAUUUUUUUUUUCUUUUUCCCUUUGUUGGCUCAACAAUGUGUUCUUUUUUUUUUUUUUUUUUUUUUAAAAAUCCCUUUUUAAUCUGAUGUGUUGUAACUCUUUUGUGUUGCAUGGAGAGAAUUUCUUUGUGAAGUUGCUGAGCAUGUCAGUGUGUCAUGUCGGUGCCCUGACAAACGUGGCCUGUAAGCACUGAUAAUCCAUCUACGAUACAACGUGGCAUUUCUUGUGCAAUUAAAGCCAUUCUUUGCACGUAAAAAAAAAAAAAAAAAAAAACAGCUACUACCUGACUUUAGUUACGUUGUCUUUAUAGAUAGGCACAGUACUAAAACGACGCAAAAGGGGGAAAAAAAACCUUUGAACAAAUGAAAUAUGCGUCGUCUCAGUUCCGUGCAACGGAAAUGCCAUCAGGAACCUCAAGUAGGAACUCUUGUAGAUGAAUUUUAUUUUAAAAUUGACAAAUUUAUGACCUUUACCUAUAUUUUAUGUCCCGUGACUGAAUUUGCCAUCGUAUACAUCUUUGCAAGCAUGUUUACUCAUUUUCACUUUGAGUUCAACAAAAAAAAAAAUUUAAAACACAUACACAUAUAUUGGGUUUGGUUUGUAUGAGUGUAUGCAAGCGUCUUUAUCAUAAAUCAAUCUUUUCUUUUUCUUUCUUUCUUUUUUUUUGUUUUAAAGGUCAGAAUCAUAGGUAUUUUAUAUUGAAUGCAGUAACUUAUGGGCCAGUACUAUAUUACUCAGUGCAAUGCAGUUAUCAUUAUAAUAAUACAAGUAAUUAAUGUUAUUUCUUUUGUAUUUGUACAGAACAAAUGUGUAAAGAUCAGUGAGGCGAACACAAGCUUUUUGAUACUGUGAGAAAUGGUGUUAAAAGUCAGUUUCCCCUGUACAGUUGUGAUUAUCUACGCCUUUUAUAGAAUAAAGUGUUUUUUUGUUCA